AUGGAAGACUUCAAUGGUUGGCUCUCCUUCCCCUUACAUGAGAGUCUCAACCACGAUCUCGCCAUUCGAAGGUUUUGUCCAGCAAGAGUCGAGCAAGAACAAGGAGGAGAAUGGGAGGAAAUACUGAAUGAGAUUGAGUUCUCUUCACCCUCUGAGACCACAAGCCCUCCUUGCUUGCCAGCCUCAGAGGUAGAUGACUUUGUUGACAGCUUCAUCAAUAUGGAUCAUUGUAGGGAUGAUGAUAUUCAAUCCUUGGAGAAGCCACAAAGUUUUGAUUACUAUGAUCAAGAUGGGAUGGAGACAUUUUCAAUGGUGGAUGAUAUGUAUGGAAAUGUUCUGAUGAUGAUGGAAGGAGAUGACAUGGAGAUGGGUGGCUUGGCUGAGGAUUUUGGAGUUGGAGAAACUAAUAUGGUGCCUAGUGUCGAAGAGGUGAGCCAUGGAGUGGACCAAGGGCUUCACUUGGUGCACAUGUUGUUGGCUUGUGCUGAGGCUGUGGGCUGCAGGGACGCCAAACUUGCAGAAUCUUUGCUCAGCCAAAUUUGGGCUUCAGUUAGUCCUUGGGGUGAUUCUUUGCAGAGAGUCUCAUCCUGCUUUGCAAUGGGAUUGAGGUCAAGGCUUUCUCUUCUUCAUAAUGUCAAUAUAAAUGGUACAUUCAACAAUGAUACUAUGGAUGUCUCUUUGACCUCUAGGGAGGAGAAAUUGGAAGCUUUUCAACUCCUUAACCAAACAACUCCUUACAUAGCUUUUGGCUUCAUGGUUGCAAAUGAAGCUAUAUGUCAAGCAGCACAAGGGAAGGAAAACCUGCACAUCAUUGAUUUGGGAAUGGAACACACUCUUCAGUGGCCAUCCUUGAUAAGAACCCUGGCAUCAAGGCCGGAGGGCCCGCCUAAGAAGCUCCGAAUCACAGGACUCGUUGAAGAUCACAAUGUGUUUGAACUUGAAGCAGGCAUGAAAGCCCUGGUGGAGGAGGCUAGCUCACUAGGCAUACCAACAGAAUUCAACAUGAUAUCAGAACCAGUAAAACCAUCACUUCUAACUAGAGAGAACCUGGACUUGAGAGAAGGAGAAGCAUUAUUUGUCAAUAGCAUCAUGCACUUGCAUAAGUAUGUUAAAGAGAGUAGAGGCUCUCUGAAGGCAAUCCUCCAAGCCUUGAAGAAAUUAGGUCCAACUGUUCUUACAUUGGUGGAACAAGAUGCGAAUCAUAAUGGGCCAUUUUUCCUUGGGAGAUUCCUCGAGUCUCUUCACUUUUAUUCUGCCAUUUUCGACUCACUCGAGGCUAGCCUCCCACGAAAUAGCCCUCAGAGGAUGAAGAUAGAGAGGCAGCACUUCGCCAACGAAAUUAGAAACAUUGUUGCUUUUGAGGGCUUAAAUCGGAUCGAGAGGCACGAAAGGGCAGACCAAUGGAGAAGGCAAUUGGGCCGCGCUGGGUUUCAAGUGAUGGGGUUGAAGUGUACAAGUCAAGCAAGGAUGAUGCUAUCUGUUUAUGGCUGCGAUGGGUACACUUUGGCUAGUGAGAAGGGUUGCCUCCUCCUUGGGUGGAAAGGCAGGCCCAUAAUGCUGGCUUCUGCAUGGCAAGUGCACAAUGCUUCUUCCUCCUAG